CUAUGCUUGAAACGCGGCCGUCCUGUUACACCGUUUUGUUAGACUUCACCCUUUUGAUGGCCGCCUUGGAGCCGCAGAAGCAUGCCUGGGCUGUAGUUAAAUAAUGAUCAACCAAGCAUUCACCUUGCAAGUUCUGAGUCCCAAGGGACUAUGUAGGUCUCACGUUUCCCGGCCGGCAGGCUCCCGAUGCUCUUAUGAACGCGUGCUUGCCAUGGGGUCAAUGUGUUACCCGGUCUUAUCCAUGUACGACGGAACCCGAUAUUAAAAGAUUUAUGCAGUUGGCCGUAGUA